CCACCGGCUUCCAUGGGGCGCGUCAGGCGGUGAACAAAUAAAUUGAAGCCACCGCUCACCGCCGAUUGGAUAGGCUCGACUCGUACUACUACUAGUACUCUCCUCGUACGGACUACUACUCACUCACUCACUCUGUUUGUCUGAGACACACACGCAUACUACACCUUCUCUCUGCGCUCUGCUCUGUUCUGUUUCUGCUCUGCUGCAGGAGAAAGGGAAGGAAGAGCUCAAUCAGCUCGAUCUAUCCAUCUAUGGCCGCGCGAGCACUGACCGCCGGCGCCGUCUUGGGCGGCCGCCGGGCCGCCGGACUACGCACCGGGCCGGCGAUGGCCACGGCGACGGGGGCGCAGGUGGAGGCGGCGCUGAACCGCAAGGACGUGGAGGAGCUGGUGGACCUGAACCCCCAGCAGACCGAGACAGUCGUCGCGGUUGUCGGCGGCGGCGCGCCGGACGCCGGCGAGUGGGUGCCCGACGGAGAGACGGGCGUCUUCGUCCCCGCCGACGCCGGGACCGACACGACGACUUCCACACCACCGGUCAACGGCGGCUCGUCGGUGCUGGACCAGACGGUGUUCGUCCGGGAAGAAGAGAUGGAGGACGUCGAGCGGCCUGCCAUCGACAUGGCCAACGCCAACCUCAACGCUAACGCUAAUGGCAGCAACAGCAAUAACUAGCCAAGAGCUUCUUCAGUUUAGUUUCCUUCACAUCGUAGAAUAAUGGAACCCACGUCCUCUCUGUAGUCUGUAAUCUGUAUCGUACUUGUGUAGUAAAAGGUCGUCAGUUUAUUUACUACUAGUAGUAGUGCCAGAAAUAAGCGUCUCGAACUUCCUGCUUCGUGUUCACACACUUGUUCAGUGGUCGAUGUAAUGAGUUGUUGCAAUCAGAUUAUCAAUAAACGAGAGAUCUCUGAGCAUCAGUUGAUGUUA